UACCCAGGCACUCACACACUCACACAAAUUUACAUCUCUUUGGUGUGAGAACGAUGGGAAUUGGAACAAGAAGAAGAGUGAACAUUGAAAGGGAAGGGAAGUAGUAAUUUCCAAAAUGGCACUCUAGUCCUGUGACACACGUUUUAGUUAAUUUUUAUAAUGUUUUUACUGGAUAUUAAUCACGUUUUUCGCGUUUGUUGUAUUAUUUAUUGUUCAGUUUUUUGAGCCUGUGUAAUAUAUAAAAGUUCAUAGUUUAUUGUUGAAUAGUUUUGUAAGUGAGAGAAUUCAAAAUGCAAUCCGAAUAUUUAACACAGAAACACUUGUCUGGAUUUGAACAUUACAAAUAUAGUUCCAUCGAUACAAGUCCUAUCAGUGUGUACAUCAUGCAUCCGUUCUGGAACAAAGUAGUCGAGUGGGUUCCAAAAUCGGUGGCGCCCAAUGUGUUGACGUUUGUUGGAUUCCUAUUCACAGCUGGAGCGUGUUUAUUGCUCUCCAUUUAUGACUAUCAUUUCUAUGCGAACAGCACUGAUUUCCCACAAUACGCUACUAUUCCUCGAUGGGUCUACCUGGUGACUGCUCUUAGUAUAUUUAUAGCUUAUACGUUAGAUGGUAUUGAUGGCAAACAAGCCAGGCGUACCAAUACAAGUGGUCCUCUGGGUGAACUUUUCGACCACGGAUUAGACUCUUGGACAGCUGUGCUCAUUCCCACCUGUUUGUACUCCAUAUUUGGCCGCACUGAUUUCUCAGUGCCACCACUACGCUUCUAUUAUAUUUGCUGGAACGUAUUUGUGACGUUUUAUCUGUCGCAUUGGGAAAAGUAUAACACUGGAGUACUUUUUCUGCCAUGGGGGUAUGAUCUGUCAAUGCUUGGUACAACUGGCGUAUUUCUUGUAACAUAUUUCUGUGGUCAACAAUGUUGGAAAUUCAAUGUGUAUGGCGACUUCUCAACUGGCCAUUGUUUAGAACUUCUCUUCUACCUCAGCUCUAUACUUACGAGCAUACCGAUUGUUCUCUACAAUAUUUAUGCAUCCUACAGAGAUAAGACAGGCAAGAUGAGGAGUUUCACAGAAGCUAACCGACCUCUUGUUCCUCUAGCGGCUUUGAUGUUUAUCUGUGCUCUGUGGGUUUACAACUCACCAUCCAAUAUCGUCGCUAAGGAUCCCAGGGCCUUCUAUCUCUUCACAGGCACUGUUUUCUCCAACAUUUGCUGUCGGCUGAUAGUGGCUCAGAUGAGUGGUGUGACUUGUGACGUUUGGAACUGGUUGCUUGGGCCAACACUAUUGUGUGUGGGAGUAGCCAUGCUUUUUCCUUCACAGUCUUUGGAGCUAGUUCUCUUAUACUCUUUGUGGGCACUUGCGAUGGUAGCUCACAUCCACUACGGCUCUACCGUUGUGCGUCAAAUGUGUCGACAUUUCCGUAUCAGCUGUUUUAAAAUUCGUAAGCCUCAUCUAACAAAUGGCUCCCAUAAAGAUUGACUGUUACAAAACGACGUUUGACAGAGUGCUUAAUUAAGCGCCUUUCAACGAAAUGUGUGGCUGCUGCGUCUGCUGUCCAAUUAGAGAUGAGGCUCGAUAUUUCCAUGAUCAAGUUAGCUUCAACAAAUUACUAUAAGUGAUAGCUCUGAUAAGGUUUUCCUUCUCUCUAGUCGAUCGGUUAAGCAUCAACUUGCGUUAGUGACCGUAGUAGUUUCGAAAUUAAUUAGUCCUCGAAUGAUAAUUAAUUUUUAAUGUUUGUUAUAAAAUGGGAAAAAGUGUUGGUAAAAAUGGAAUGUCAUUUAUCUUUUCUUCUGAGAAAGAAUGUAUGCAAGUCUUUAUUUUUUUCUAUAUUUCUCAAUUUAUUGAAAUAUUUACAAUUCGAUUGUUGAGAUGGUUUUUUCUCUAACACAUUUAUUCAAGUGGUUAUCAUAGAAUUAUAUUAGAAAAAACGUUUUGAAAACUUAGAAUAUUUAUAAUUAUUCCCACCAUUUCACAUUAAAAUGCUCUUCAAACUUUUUUAGCCCCCCCCCCCCCCCCAGCCCCUUAGUCAAUCGAAUUUAAUGUAGAUUGAAAGAAAUAUUUUGUCAGUUUUGCAUCAUGUAGGUUUGAAUGUUUAAUUUCUUAGCACACUGACAUGUGUAGUAUUAAUAGUGAUAUCUUGAAUCACCGACCUCAAAAUAGUCAAUACAAAUUAGCCCCACUGAUAAUAUGUUAUAUUAUAACCCCAUGAAGCUUCAAUCAAUUCCUUAAAAUCAACUUUCUAUCAAUUCAAGUACAUGUUGUUCAAUACCAAUCGAACUCUAUAGACAUCCAGGUUAAGAUUCAGUUUGACUUCAUGUGAUAAUAUCAAAAAUGGUUCCACUUUAUAAAAAAAAUCCAAGAUACAUAAAGAUUCGCAAGAUUUAUGAAGUUAAAUAAAAAUUCGCAAUAUACAUAAAUACAUAUAUGCAUAAAAGCAACUUAAUUUUUGGGUUUGAUUUAGUAUCCUAAACAGCUAUAUAAAUUGGUUACAUAUUCAUUAAGUAGUGGUAUUAUUAUCAUUUGCUGGCUAUAUUCAAAUUAUCUAUCAAUAGAAAAAUAGUAAAUUUGUGAAUAAAUAAUUAACUAUUAAUUCUUUAAACGUACUUUGAAAAUAACAUUUCUUUUAUAUGCUAAAUUUGUAAUGUGUCUUGACUUUUAGGACAGUGAACUGUGUAAGCAUCAAACACUAUGUGGGUCUGAUUGUUUGUGAAAUCGAUAUUUUUUGUAUCUAACUACUCUUCUACUAUUAGUAUAAUUCCAAUCCACAAUGAAUUUAAUUAACACAGUGGAUGGGAAUUUAAUAGUACUAGGGGAACGAAGUAAUCGUCAUAUUCCAUGGACCUUAAGAAAUAAUAGCGCUCAUAAGAGUUUUCAGUUUGAGAGUGGGCUUUCUCUUUUUGCCACCUUAUUAGAAUGGCCACUAAGUUGCCUUGCUCCAUCAGGUCCUGAUCCUUGGUCCCUGUAGUGGGUCUGUGGUUCCGGUAAUGUUGAUGUGUGAUUGAAUGGCUGUCAGUGUAAGUUUUGCUGGCUGUAUUGCUGGAUAUCCAGGGGACAUUUUAUUCGGCUUGGUUGCCUGUAAACAUGCAACCUGUUAACAUCCUGUAAACAUCCCUUGGAUGUUGAAUAGUUGAGUGACCAGACGUCCAGCUUUUUGUCGUAUAUCCAUCUGUCUCCCAGCUUUAGUAAAAUUCACGAAAUGUCUGGAUUUUUGUAUUCAAGUUAUUAUACAACAAAAUGAGAUCAACACUGUCUAAAAUAUAGGUAAUAAAGAAUGUUUUCCUUGAGAUAUGUUUCUUGUUAUCCUAACAUUUCUCUGAACAAAUUAUACAUAACAAAGUAUAAGAAUCUAUGAAAUUACAAAAAAACUAAUGUUUUACCAUGAAAUUGAACUCCGGUCUGAGAGACCGGGUGAUACGGUUGGUGUUUGAAAGAAUCAUGAUACGGUUAAAGUGUCUUAAAAGUUUGUAUCUUUGUCUGAAAAAGUACAAUCGAUUCUCGUUGCUAUAAGUAUGUCAGCUAAGGAAAAUGAGUAUUCUAGUAACUGCAAAAGCGUGUACUUUUACAGACUUGUUUUUUGUCUUGACCUAGUUGUUUUUGUUCACCAAGUAGCAACAAAAGUGUAGAUAAUAUCAACGUAGACCUACAGUGGAGUUAGGAUUGAAACAAAAUUAUGAAAUUGAAACCUGUGAAAGGUAGUAUAUUAUUAGUGGAAUAUAAUCCCAAAGAUAUGACAGUGAAUUCCACAAGUAUCCCAUGUCCAAAGCAUUCUUAUUGAGGAAAAAUAUCUUCAAAUGAGGAGUAAUCUUCAAUAUUUAUAUAUUCAUUUUUAUUCAAUACUAGCAUGUAACCCGUGCUUUGCACUGGGGAAUAUUUGGUGUUGUAAAAUGCAAUCUCCGUAUGUCCAGUAAACAUAAAAAUAGAAUAAUUAUUUGUUAUUUCAUUCAAAAUUACGUGGUUAAUCUUUAUAAUAGUUGGAAAUUUCGAGCCAAAAAAAUGGGUUUAUGUGUCGAACCCACAACCUUUGAUUUAUUAACCGCACUCGCUACCAACUAAGUUAUGGAGUCACUUGGAGAAAGCCUAUUUUAUGGGCUUUUAUAGUUACGUAAACUUUGAAUCACAAGUUGAAUAAAUCUGUUUUAAUUAUAAAAUUAAUGAUAUAAAUAUUGAUUAAUAGCAAUAAAAAUAAGCCUAUGUACAUCCUCGGUAAAUGCAGAAUCAUUAUGCUAAAUUUCAAGGUAAUCAGUUCAGUAGUUCAGACGUGAUGAUGCGUCAUUCGUGUAUUUCCUGUCCUUUACAUGUUUAAGACGAUUUUUCCUUUAUUAUAUUAUAGAUUUCCAAUAUUAUAUUGAUAUUUAUGUUUUGAUACAUAGAAAGAUUAUUAUUUAAAUUUUAUCAACCAAUAAACCAUAAUCAUCAAUACAAAUCAAGCAGUAGCCAAUGUUCCAACAGCACUCUGUCCUGCAAUUCUGUUCACAACAGCAGAACAGCUUGCUAUAUUGUUAGCCAUUGUGUCUAAAUUAAUGUGAUUACAACUGUAUUUCUUGACUUUCAAGUUUCGUGGAAUAAUACCCCUAUGAUAACAUUGAGCUUAUAAUGAUUUGCAUCUUUAAUUAUUUUGAAUCUCAGUUAUUGAUUGUAUUCAUUCAAUAAUAUAUGUUCGACUAGGUUGAGCUUUUUGUUAUAUUAAUAUUUAAUUUCCUGGUUAACUUUUCUCUUUCAAUAUCGAUAUUGAAUUUUAGGGAAAUUAACGAUAUCGGAGCAAACUUAGAUGUGCUGGUUGCUUGUGCAAUGAACGAUGCCUUACGGGUACUCUUGCUAUUGAUCACUCUCAUUAUGUCUAUUACGUCUUAGGUGUAGAUGUGCAUUAGGCUCCCUUUCCUGGAAUAUUUUGUUGGAUGAGUGGCUUUGUCAUCUUUUUGGGUUUGAUUGUAUUGACUGUCUAUUGCUGACGCUGCUAUUGUGAGAUUCACGUUAUGAUAGUAAAUUAUAGGAAUGCAAUAUUGUUACUUUUCCGUUUCCUCCAUCUUCUAUAUUACAUAGCUGUGAUUCAAUUUAUCCUUGUAUAUCUGAUCUAAUAUUAAUUGUUGAUUCUUGCUUAAAAUGAUCUAUCAAGAAAUCAUAUUUUCUCAUGAUUUGAUAAUACAUUUUAUUAAUUGGGCUUGAAUAUUCUGGUAAUUAUAUUUAUUUGUAGUCUAUGGGUGCGGGGGUAGAAAAGGAUAGAGCUUAUCUGCUCUGUCUAAUGACAAACAAGAAUAGCUUUUAUAUAAUAAGUCACGUGCUUAUUACUUUCAUAUGGCUUCGAUGAGUGACCAUGACAACAUACUAUUUACUAUUUACUAUUUAUUUAUAAAUCAGUUCUUGUUCUAAUAUGGCAUUAAAUGGAUGUUCAAUACUAAUGAAUGUAUUCCCUCAUUUAACGAUAUGAGGAUGGCCACUAACGCUUGAACGUGCAUGCACAUACAUUAAAUCAGCGAGAGGCUUCUAACAUAAAAUAAACCUCUGGAAAAUUAAAAUUUAUAAUUAUAGAAAAAUAAUUUAACCUCAAAUAGAGCAGCGAAAAAAAAGUAAACAACACAAAUUGGAAAUUCAUAUACCUAACCUAAAAAAAAAUCUCAAAGCGUUUCGCUGUGAUCAUAACAAACUGGCCCUGAUGGGAUCGGGGUGGACGUUGAGCUCCUUUGAGGAUCUUGUCGCCGAUGGGCUGAUCUCCUUUGAACCUUUGAAGUUCGUUCCUCGCCCCCGUCUCAGGAAGUACUGGAUCCCCCAGCCGGGUGUUGUUUCUCAUGGUGAAGGGAAAACGCCAACCAGGUGGAGUACACGUGAUGAGGGUGUGCCUCCGUCUCUAGAAGUAGCCUGGCUUAUAGCAGUACGGCUGGGUGAUGGCUCUAGACUAUGGGAGAUUCAUGGCUUGAUCGAGUCGCCAGAACUCUCCGUCUCUGGGCACAGUGAAGAAUCCGGUGGAGUUUCGGGGUUAGCCAGUGAGAGAUCAGGCUAUGGGAAUCAGGGUACCCCCGUCUUUGGAAGUAGCAGGCAUGUGAAACUCCCAUAAGACCAGACUGUGGGAAUGAGGUAACUCCUCCGUCUCUGGAAGUAGCAUAAUAGUAUGUCGGAAACCCCUCACACUGGUGCUUCUUUCCGAAACGCUCGUGUCCCCCUUUGGGGCUUGGGGCGCCUGUUUCGUGGGCAUGCAAGCGCCCACCCUGGAGACGUAUACAAUUGGGAACCACGAAUAUUUUUCCAGGCCUCUAGACGAGUUAGAGGAUAUGUCCGGGUUUGCCAGGCCCACGUACCACCGGAACUGUAUAGUGGUGGUUACACUCAAUGCAGGCUAACUUCUCCACGAUACUGGCCUGCCGACUUGGCAGUGCCGUUGGGUAGUAGUUUGCGUGGCACACCUCACGGGAUAUGCGAACAGCAGGUGUGGCGUUAACGCGAAGUGUGGCGUUAACGCGAUGUGUCGCGGCCAUGCAAUGACUAAACAAUGCAAGUCGACUGUGUAUGUUCAUGCUCGUUAGUGGUCAGCCUAAGAAUAGCAAACCAAUGUUAAUCAGGUGCUGACUUUAUAAAGUGAAUCUCACUAUAGUUUCUGGAGAUUGGUAACAGGAUGUCCUACAUUUAGGGCCUGGUCUCACACAGUUUGGCCGGGCCCAUAGUGCUGGAUCGCCUUGGUCUCCGUUUGAAUGGAGUGUGAGUGCAAUUCGCACUGUUUACUUUUAUUAAUAUUAGUCUUGUCGUGUUUGUAAUAAUGUUGACUUAUGAAAAUGAAUGCCGUUUCAAGGACACGUAGACAAAGCUACUGAACGACAACUAUUAGAAGUCCUGAUCUCUUUAUGAUAGAUGUUUCCGCAUGUUCAGCACAGAUGUGGCGUGAUUGGGGAUAAAAGGGUGCUGUCUGUCGUGGUCGUGGUCUAUAUGAGCGUGUAUCUGUAUGAACAGUGAAUGGUAUGCAUAGGGAGUGUCGGGGAGUAUAGAACUGCUAGCUGUGUGUAGGGGCAACGAUAGCACACACAUUUUAUAGUUGGAAACUGGCCUUUACCUUUACAACUAUUUUCUUCCUCUGUUAGGGGAUUAAUUGUUUCGUCUAUACUAUAACAAAUCACCACUGCUUUAUCACUUUUAUCGCCUCAUUUUAUGAUAAUUUUAUUGUUUGUUAUAUUUUGUUGGUGUUUAAUUAUAAUAUUUUUAAUUACUCCUAUAAUUAUUCCAUCUUGCUUUUAGACAAUCGAUUUUCAACCUAUGUAGUUUUUUCUUUUAUUUAGAAUUGAUUAUAUUUUUAAAUGUCUCAAAUAAUAUGUGCAUAAUAGAUUAAGUUAAUGUAUCAGUGACAUGGUUCUUGUAUAGGUUCUUGUAAAAUUAGUUUUUCUAUAGGUUUUUAUAGGUUAUAAGACUAGUAGAUUUUAGGCAAAUUAUAUUCUAGUAUUCACAAAUUUUCUUCGUUUUGUUAACAUUGUGUGUUAUUUUAUUGAAAUAUAAAAUGAUGUUAUAUUUAAUUAUAUUGGUGUUAAUUUAACGUGACAUGACAUAUUACAUUUCAUCGUUUUUAAAACGUUCAAUAAUUGAUAUUUAAGACGGAAUCUUUAUCUCAUUUGCUUUCAGACUUUGAAAUUAUUCGAAUCUUUGAACUCAAGCCUUCUCCAUUUUUCUGUCUUUUCCAUUUUUCUCUGUAUUCAAUACAUUCAAAUAAUUGAACCUGUGUUAUAAAAUUCCGUUCUAUUAUAUUUAUGCUAUUAUUUGUAUAAGGCUAUCAGUGGUUAUAAUUCAAUUGAUGAAAUUUUAAAUAAUAAUUGUGUUGAAGCUUUUUAUGGCAUAUCUAUUAAUAAAAAUAAAAUAAUUAUAUUAGAAUAGAAACAUCUAUCGUAGACAUUGGCUGUUGCCAAUCAGAUGAAUUAUUAAUUUUACAUAUUUCUUGAUUAAAUCAAGUAGUUCUAUUGAGAGUUAUUUAUAAUAAAUGAUAUUGAAUGGAAUCAUCUCUAUCGAAUUUUAAUAUCUGUGGAUAGGUUUAUUUCUAAAAUAUAAUUUUAUAAUUCAGCUCUCACUAUAAGGUUUGUUUUAGUGUUAUUUCAAAACUUCGUCUGAUGUAAAUUCCUAUUGUGCUUUUGAUUAGUAUCUAUUCAACUAUUCAAAUGUAAUACAAUUUUUAUGAAUGAAUCGAUCUUGAUUGUUCUUCUUUUUUGUAAGAUUGAGAAAAGUAAAAAUUAUUUAAUUAAAAAAUGUUGGCUAUCCUA